AUGGUAGAGACACCGGUAGAUACCCCGGUAGUUACCAUGGUAGAGACCCCGGUAGAGACCCCGGUAGAGACACCGGUAGAGACACCGGUAGAGACCCCGGUAGAGACCACGGUAGAGACCCCGGUAGAGACCCCGGUAGAGACCCCGGUAGAGACACCGGUAGAGAUCCCGGUAGAUACCCCGGUAGAGACCCCGGUAGAGACCACGGUAGAAACAUCGGUAGAGACCCCGGUAGAGACCCCGGUAGAGACCCCGGUAGAGACACCGGUAGAGACCCCGGGAGAGACCCCGGUAGAGACCCCGGUAGAGACACCGAGACCCCGGUUAGAGACCACGGUAGAAACAUCGGUAGAGACCCCGGUAGAGACCCCGGUAGAGACCCCGGUAGAGACCCCGGUAGAGACACCGGUAGAGACACCGGUAGAGACACCGGUAGAGACACCGGUAGAUACCCCGGUAGAGACACCGGUAGAGACCCGUAGAUCGGGAGCCCACACUAUCAUUACCAGUAGAUCCGGAGCCAACACUAUCCCUACCAGUAGAUCCGGAGCCCACACUAUCAUUACCAGUGGAUCCGGAACCCACACCAUCCUUACAAGUAGAUCCGGACCCCACACCAUCCUUACCAGUAGAUCUGGAGCCAACACUAUCCCUACCAGUAGAUCCGGAGCCCACACCACCCUUACCAGUAGAUCCGGACCCCACACCAUCCCUACCAGUAGAUCCGGACCCCACACCACCCUUACCAGUAGAUCCGGACCCCACACCAUCCCUACCAGUAGAUCCGGACCCCACACCAUCCUUACCAGUAGAUCCGGAGCCCACAUCAUCCCUACCAGUAGACCCGGACCCCACACCACCCUUACCAGUAGAUCCGGACGCCACACCAUCCCUACCAGUAGAUCCGGACCCCACACCAUCCUUACCAGUAGAUCCGGAGCCCACAUCAUCCCUACCAGUAGAUCCGGACUCCACAUCAUCCCUACCAGUAGAUAUGAGCCCACACCAUCCUUACCAGUAGAUCCGGACCCCACACCAUCCUUACCAGUAGUUCCGGACCCCACACCAUCCUUACCAGUAGAUCCGGACCCAACACCAUCCCUACCAGUAGAUCCGGACCCCACACCAUCCUUACCAGUAGAUCCGGACCCCACACCAUCCUCACCAGUAGAUCCAGAGCCCACACCAUCCUUACCAGUAGAUCCGGACCCCACACCAUCUUUACCAGUAGAUCCGGACCCCACACCAUCCUUACCAGUAGAUCCGGAGCCCACACCAUCCUCACCAGUAGAUCCGGAGCCCACACCACCCUUACCAGUAGAUCCGGAUACCACACCAUCCCUACCAGCAGAUCCGGAGCCCACACCAUCCUCACCAGUAGAUCCGGAGCCCACACCACCCUUACCAGUAGAUCCGGAUACCACACCAUGCCUACCAGCAGAUCCGGACCCCACACCAUCCCUACCAGUAGAUCCGGACCCCACACCAUCCCUACCAGUAGAUCCGGACCCCACACCAUCCUUACCAGUAGAUCCAGAGCCCACACCAUCCUUACCACCCACACCAUCCUUACCAGUAGAUCCAGACCCCACACCAUCCUUACCAGUAGAUCCGGAGCCCACACUAUCAUUACCAGUAGAUCCGGAGCCAACACUAUCCCUACCAGUAGAUCCGGAGCCCACACUAUCAUUACCAGUGGAUCCGGAACCCACACCAUCCUUACAAGUAGAUCCGGACCCCACACCAUCCUUACCAGUAGAUCCGGAGCCAACACUAUCCCUACCAGUAGAUCCGGAGCCCACACCACCCUUACCAGUAGAUCCGGACCCCACACCAUCCCUACCAGUAGAUCCGGACCCCACACCACCCUUACCAGUAGAUCCGGACCCCACACCAUCCCUACCAGUAGAUCCGGACCCCACACCAUCCUUACCAGUAGAUCCGGAGCCCACAUCAUCCCUACCAGUAGACCCGGACCCCACACCACCCUUACCAGUAGAUCCGGACGCCACACCAUCCCUACCAGUAGAUCCGGACCCCACACCAUCCUUACCAGUGGAUCCGGAGCCCACAUCAUCCCUACCAGUAGAUCCGGACUCCACAUCAUCCCUACCAGUAGAUAUGAGCCCACACCAUCCUUACCAGUAG